AUGGCGCAGGCUGUGGCGGUAAGUUCAUCGAAUUUUGGAGCAUGGAGUGAGCUGGUGGAUGAGGGUAUGAAGACUCCGGCGGAGGUGGUGGUGGUUGAUACGAAUACUGCUGUUGUUGAUGAGGUGGCACAGAAUUUCGAUUUGGGGUUGGAGCAAAAGUUGAUUGAAAAGGUGGUGGAAAUGGACUGUAAGAAGCCAUGCCCAUUUCUGAGUUUUCGCUCCUUACACACAAAAUCCCAGGGGAGAGAGCUUAGUUGCGAGCUCUGA